UGGAUGCAUUCUUAUCUUGCUAAAUCCCAUAACUUUUUGCCUAUAAAUGUAUUGUCUCAACGCUCUUAACAAGCAUCCAAAGACACAGAACCCAAAAAAAAAAAAAAAUGCUAUCUCAAAUGCGUCGCCCUGCUGAAUAUGUCCAAACUAAGGAGUACUCCCGCGAGGAAGAGUAUGUUGAAUCAGAGGAGGUGACCUACACAAACACAAAUCAAGGUUAUGUUUACAAAAACAACAAUGCCACAAACAUGCAGAUGAUGAGGCCCUAUCCCAACGUCGUUAAUCCGCAUCAUCAUCAUCAUCAUAUGGUUGCUCCUCCUCAGGGUCAGGAUUUCUAUGGGAAUAAGCCUCAGGGAUUUUUGAAUGAAGGCCACUAUGGGAAUCAAGCCGGCUACAAUAACUAUGGAAGGCCCCAAUAUGGAGUCCCUGGAAACGGCAACAAUAUGUAUCCUCAAGGGAAUAACAACGGGUUCGGAUACAACAGGGGAUCUGAAGUCGCUAGGUGGAUGGGCAGGGCUAUGGAUGACUGAAGAUGAUGAAUCAGAGAAUCAUUGAUUCCCUUACAGCAAAUCUGUCCAACUCUGUACUAUGCUUUAUUAUAUUGUAGAGGGAUUUGCGAUCUAAGCAAAAUCAGUCCUCCUAAAUAAAGGCUUGGAAAUUGUCUAUCUAUUAUCAACUGAAACCAGUUUGUGUGUUUUGCGUUACUGCAUAUAUGUAUUCCAGUAGCAGGUGUGACAGUAUUGGUUAAGUUGAGAACAUUGCCUCGCCGAAUUAAACAACCUACAAUGAAGGAGUUAGAAAAACAAUCACAUAAAUGCUCCCAUUUUUUUCUACCGGAAAAGUAUCAUUCCAUCUGUUACUUCAAUUAAAAUGUUUUUUUUUUCCUGUAAAAAAUAAUAAUGGAAACCUAAAUUUAAUUAUUCUACCGG